UUCCGUACUUGUCAUUACACAUGGAUCAUACAGCAGCGAUAGAAAAUUAGCAGUAGCGUGCAAGCUAACGUGGGUAAUGUGUGCUUUUGAACAGUUUUGUCCGACCUGUAACUUGGCAAGACGAUGUUUUAAAAUUGUUGAGUAAUAUGAAAAAGUAACCGACGCCUUUCUCGACUUAUAACCAUGGCUUGCUGUGUGUGUUUGUGUCGAGACAGGCGGUGGAGGUCACACUGCCAAGCCGAGUUACUCUUAGAAGAAUAUUAAUGUUGUGCCGAAUGUCACGAUGUUGACAACGUUGUGUAGACUCAGAGCCCUUCAGCGGCUUUAUCCAGACUUAGUGUUAGGAUACAUGCUAGGAGAAAUGUGCCGAAAAAACGACUGGAGUUUGUUAAGCCGCUGUGUGUCUCCGGUGUCCGGGGCUUGGAGGCGGACAGCUGCCGGAGGUAUCAGAAAUGUCUGCACCACCUGGACCCUGUGCGCCAAAGUCCGAGGACAACAGAGGAAGAAAGAGCUGUCUGAGAAGAAACUGACUCGCUAUUUUGUCGACCACCGCAAUGUGAAGCUGGUGGCCGGCUCCGGCGGUAAAGGAGCCUGCACCUUCCACAGCGAGCCCCGGAAGGAGUGGGGCGGACCGGACGGAGGGAACGGAGGUGAUGGAGGAAACAUCAUCAUUAAAGUUGACAGGUUUGUGAAGUCUUUGGCGCAAGUAGCUCCGGUUUAUAAGGCAGAGGAUGGACAGUCCGGCGGCAGCAAGAACUGUUACGGUCGGAACGCCAGCCCAACCUACAUUUUUGUACCAUUAGGGACCAUUGUGAAGGAGCAUGGCAAGACAAUAGUGGACCUUUCUACUCAUGGCCAGGAGUACGUAGCUGUGUUUGGAGGAGCUGGAGGAAAGGGGAACCGAUUCUUUCUGUCCAACGAGAACCGAGCCCCGAUGACAGCUACUCCAGGAAUGCAGGGCCAGGAGAGGGCCCUUCAGCUCGAGCUGCGCACCAUGGCCCACGCUGGACUGGUUGGGUUUCCAAAUGCAGGGAAGUCAUCACUGUUGAGAGCUAUCUCCAAUGCCAAGCCUGCUGUAGCUGCUUACCCUUUUACAACGCUCAACCCACAUGUAGGCAUUGUCCAGUACAGGGAUCAUGAGCAAGUAGCAGUGGCUGACAUCCCAGGGAUCAUCCGUGGGGCCCACCUAAACCGCGGCCUGGGCAUCUCUUUCCUGCGACACAUAGAGCGCUGUCGGUUCCUGCUCUUUGUUCUAGACCUGUCUAGUCCAGAGCCAUGGACUCAGCUCCAGCACCUGCGCUAUGAACUCGAUCAGUAUGAGCCCGGUCUGUCCCGCCGGCCUCACGCCAUCAUCGCCAACAAAAUGGACCUGCCCGAGGCUCAGGAGAAGCUAGAGACUCUAAGGGGCCAAGUGACCCAGAGGGUGAUCCCUGUGUCGGCUCUCACAGGACAAAACACAGAGGAGCUCAUCCUCCACCUCAGAGAGCUGUACGAUGGUUACCUGCAAGGUGGGGUUGGGGAGGAAGCUAAAACCACUAGGUGAUAAAACAGUUUCCUUAUUAGUUUCUUCAUGAUUUAUUUAAAAAAAAUGUUUAGUUUGGUCUAUUUUGACUGUAACAUAUGAAAUAUGUCUAAAUUGUGGUUAAUAAAUUAUUUUGGAAGUUG